AUGACUUCAAACAACAAACCAGAGCGAGCCAGCUUCAACGACAUAGAGCCAAUCAAGGUUCCACUAAGCGCAGAAUGGGGCAUCCGCGUUCCUGGUCACGAGAUGAUCAAACUCAUAUAUGGAUUCACACCUCGAGAUAUGGACGACAGAUGGAUGUGCUGCACAGACGGGCCCGACAAGGAGGGGAACAUUAGGGUCCUGCCAGUUGAGGCAUACAACAACGAGAAGGUCAUUGAGAGGGAAGGGGGAGUCAUCACCAAAAUCGUCUGGGAGAAGCCAGGGAAAGAUGAGUGGGAGCCUAUGAAUGAGGAGAGGGCGAAGGAGUUUGCUGUUAAUUUCAGCAAGUCCUGGAUGAAAUGCGACUUGAAGGGCUAG